CGCUCCCUCCCUCCGCUCGCUGCCUGUCACGUGUCUGUGUGUAUGUGGGGGUGGUACCGGUGCGGGCGCCCCCUGGCGGUCCGGCGGAACGGGGCGGACGGCGCUGCCCGUUGGCUCACGGCGGUCACGUGAGCGGGGCGGGCGGAAGAUGGCGGAGCCGCCGUGCGCCGCGGCCGAGGACGCGUGGGGGAAGGUGGACGCAGCGUACGGAGACAAUGGUCUGGACUCGGCGCUCUUCAUGGAGAGCGCCCGGAAGAGCAGUAUCGUGUCCCGGGCCAACAGCAUCGGCUCCACCAGCGCCUCCUCCGUGCCCAACACAGACGAUGAGGACAGCGAUUACCACCAGGAGUCCUACAAAGAGUCCUACAAGGAGUCCUACAAGGACCGGCGCAGACGGGCGCACACGCAGGCGGAGCAGAAGAGGAGAGAUGCCAUCAAGAAAGGCUACGAUGACCUCCAGGCCAUCGUUCCCACCUGCGAGCAGCAGGAUUUCUCCAUAGGCUCCCAGAAGCUGAGCAAGGCCAUUGUUCUCCAGAAAACCAUUGACUACAUCCAGUUCCUGCACAAGGAAAAGAAGAAGCAAGAGGAGGAACUUUCCACCCUCAGGAAGGACGUGAUGGCCUUGAAGAUCAUGAAGGCGAACUACGAGCAGAUUGUGAAAGCUCAUCAGGACAACCCCAACGAGGGGAAGAACCAGGUCUCCGACGAGGUGAAGUUCAACGUGUUCCAAGGCAUUAUGGAUUCCCUCUUCCAGUCCUUCAAUGCUUCCAUCUCAGUGACAAGCUUCCAGGAGCUCUCGGCAUGCGUCUUCAGCUGGAUUGAGGAGCACUGCAAGCCCCAGACGCUGCAGGACAUCGUGAUCGGGGUCCUGCACCAGCUCAAGAGUCAGCUCUACUGAUGGCCUGCAGCGCCCCGGCCCUGGGGCUGCCACCCCCCGCCCAGGGGCCACGGUGAUGGGCACAAGCAGGGGCUGGGCCAUCCCCUCCACCUGCUUUUAAAGCUUCUGUGGAUUAUUUAUUAACUACAAACCCAAGCCCAGCACAGUUGAGAUCACGGAAUUGUUGUAGGGACUUAAAAUGGGGUAAGUGUGGGUGGAGCAGAGGUGCCCCCCCCAUUAUUUACCCCCAGGUUCCAGCUCAGGCAGUUGUGGUGGGGUUUGCCUGGGCUACCAGUGCAGCAGCUCUGGCCCCUCCGGCCUCUGCCACAACCCCUCUGCUCCCUGGGACUGGGAAAGGAGACAAGAACGCAUGUGCAAAGCUGUUGGUUUCUGUUAAAGAGGCUUCUCCCCUACCUGGGGCUUUGUGGUGCCCCCUCUGCAGCAGCCGCUAUGGGGCAGGGUUUGUGAGUUGUGGAGUUGCUUCUGGCUUCUGUCUGGUUUUGCUGUGGCCACACUCAAAGGUAGGUGAGCAGCUGAAGGCAGUCACUCACUGCUGCUCCUUUCAUCCACACACACACAGACAGCCCGGAUUUGGUUUGAUGAAUCAGUGCAAAGACCCUGGAGCCUUCCCAGCAUCACUUUGCAGCCAGGCUCUGACACUCCUGAACCUGCCCCAUGGCACUGGUGUCAGGGGGGUCGUGGCUUUGGCCAUGCAAAGGCCUCGUGGUGAGGAGGGGUUGGUCCCAGUGGGGCCUGUGCUCUGUGAUCAGGGGUUGCUCCCCCUCAGUGUGAUGGGUAUUUAUUUCACACAGGGUAUACAGGUGAAUCAGCUCCAUGGUUUCAGUGCAUGGGAAUGGUUCAGUUACAGCUUCUACCCCCAGCAGCGGUGCAGAAUCAGGGCUUGGGGGGUGGUUUUGAUACAGAAUCAAACCCCUGCCUUUGGGUCAAUGCACCACAAGGGCAGCCCCCAGGCCAAGCCCUGCUAGGUGUGGAGGCAGACUCGGGGUGCACAGGUCCGGGUUGGGGCUCUGGGGCUGGACACGGGCAUGGCCAGGAGCCCUGGGGUUGCUCCUGCUGCAGGAGGACGUGCAUUGCACCUGUUUUUUCUAUUGUGAAAAGGAAGUAAAUGUUGCUGAAUGUUUUCA